AAUGACUAGAGGAAACCUUUCUCGAUCGGUGGAACUCACAGAUAAAUUUGCUCGUACAUGUAAGUACAGUUUGGCGGUGGAUUUGAUCAUAUGGUUAUCUGGUAUAUGCCUAUGGAUUGCGUCCGUCUUAAUCGCGGAUAAUGUAGAUUCCAUAAUAUCUAAUCAGCAGUCGAGAUUUCUAAUUGUAAUUAUAUGGAACACUGUCUUAACGGUUAUAGUUACUAUACUGACAGUGUUGAUAUAUAUAUAUAGAGGAGAACCAGAGUUAGUUUCAAGGGGGAAAUCGUUUUUGAUCCAGGCUACAGCCUGCACGACUGGAGUGCUACUGUUUCAAAUCGUUGGAGGCUGUGUGCUGUUCCAGAAGACGGGGUUGUCAGCAUACGAUAGUACUAACUGGUAUAUGUAUACCUGGGCUAGCUUAUAUUCUGGAGCUAUCAUAUGCUUCUUUGGUAUCGUGUCCGCUGUCAACCUGCGUCUGAGGGUGGUAUACAAGGUGUACGUAUGCGAGGCAUACAGUACAAAGUACUGGCACGGGCUUCUACUACACUUACCCAUGAUUCUUCUGAGUCCAAUGUCGGUACUUUUCUGUACGAUGAGUAAAGUGGAGUGCUCCGCCAGCGUCUACUGGACAAGCUUGUGGGUGAUAUGGGGACUUUUUUCCGCCGAAUUGGUGUACUACAUAUUUAGGACACGGGAUGUGCCAAACUUAUUCAUAGACAUAAGGCUGCAAUUACGGCUGCUUUUGCUAGUCACAUCUGUGCUGGUUAUAGGAGUUUGUUGUUCUGCUUUUAAACACGCGGUGAUUGCCUUAGACCUCUUUAACAUCUGCAUACCAAUGUGUGCUACACUAUAUCUUUGGGAGUUGUUCGGAUUAUCACUCAUCAAAGUGGUUGGGCGUCACUACAAAAAGGACUGGUUCUUGAAUUCUACUCUGGCCGGGGUGGCAUACGUGGAUAUGCAUGAUACUAAAAAUAAUUUAAUAUCGCAUGUGCUUACGGAUUCGUUUUUACGGUCAAGGCUAGUGCAGAUGUGCACAGAAAGGUUGUGUUUGGAGAAUCUUUUGUUCCUUGAAUCUAUGGACCGCUUUCAUCAUUCGCAAGGGGGAUCAAGCCGGAUUCUAAUAGCUAGGGCUAUCGCAGAUCUACACUUGACUGGUACAGUGAAGACCUACUACAUCAACGUGGCGCAUGAAACUCGGAAGGUAAUAAUCAGUGAGAUUGAGUAUGAUCACGUAUCUCCCGAACUCGAAGAGGCGCUAGGGGAAGCCGUGCGGCGGAUAAGUGCUAUGAUGUCGGCCUACGUGGUAGAAUUGUUCAAUCAACGAGAGGUGAUCAUGUACUGCAGAAAAUUCAACGCACUUGCCAAGGUAGGGAUCGUGGUACUAGAUAGAAGUCACUCAAUCCCCAUGGUCGGUUCGAGUUCAAAUGCAGAAGCGGAUAGUAGUGGUAUGAAUCGGGCUGCCAUCCGCGAUAUGAGUUCUCAGACCUUACCUACGAGUUUGAGUACGUCAAAUUUUUCGUUAGUAAGGAUGGCAAGGCGUGUAAGUACAGAUAUGAGACCGGGUGAUCGGUGUAAUUCCAAGAUACUGGAGAGCAGGAUUGACCUCAAAAACAAAAGGCAACGUCCGAGCUUCGAAACAAGGUUUGGUACAACACCGCAGGACCCUGUGGAUACGAAGGCAGAAUUGACUAUUGUUGAUUCGCUUGUGUGUGCACCGGGUGCCUUGGGAAUCGACGACGACGAUGAAGUGAAGAAUGAUAAGGACACGUCAGUAUAAGUAGGACGACAGAGACGCUGUGGACAAGCUAGGUGAUCCUACAUUCAUAAUAUAGGGAUUAAGUGGAUGAGCUGAGUGAUGCUAAAUUCACAACUGGUAGGAAUUUAGUGGCUGUCGAAAGUGCGUCUAUAUCUAUCGUAAGUACGUCUACACAAUAUUAGAAUAAUAAAUAGCAAGAUCAAAUGCUUCAAAC